CACAUUGUAUUUUAAAUCCUUCUCCUUCUACCGUCUCCUCUCCUUCAAGCCUCUUUCUCCCCCCUUUCUUUGGCAGCCACUGGGCUGUCAUCGUCUCCUUCCAUCCUGCUUUCUGGCCUUCCUUUUCGGAUCUUUACAUCUCUCUACCCCCCACAUCUCUCCCUCCCUCCCUCCCCCUCUCUCCCCUUAAUCAGCCCCUUCAGACUGCAGCACCACACAUGUUCCAGACUCACUCACACAAAGACGAGGAUGUGCAGAGGCAUUAGCUGGGUAAUUACCAAGAGCCAAAAUACAAGACGCACGCACGCACGCGCGCUCGCUCACGCACACACGCACGAAUCCCCAUUUCAACCUGCUGACACAGGCAGCUCUGUUGCUGACGGGAAUUUCAGGAUAGGAAGCUGGUGAUAAAUCUAUGUAGGUGUGGGAGAGGGGGGGAAAUUAUAGGACACAAGUGUGGAAGUCAAACCUAAAAUGUAAAGGUUUUUGAGACAGAACAGUAAAACAUGAAAUAUAAAAAGCAGAAGAGGAUAAAACUGAGAGAGAAAAAAACCCAGUAAAGAGUCGAACAAAUGGGGGAGAAAAAAAGAGAAGGGAGUCGGUGACACAUGAUGAUUGAGGGUGGAGGAGAGAAGUGAAAGGGAUAGUCAGCAAACACUUAUUUACUCAGAGAGAAAGUGUGUGUGUGAGAGAGAGAGAGAGAGAGAGAGAGGAGGAAUAGGAGGAGUGGGGAAAAAGAGGGAGGAGUGUAUUGUGAGAGGGAGGAGUGAGUGAAAGAGAGAGAGAGAGAGAGAGAGCUUGUACGUGUAGUGUUCUGCCACAGAACAACAACAGCCGCAGCAGCAUCGAACGUCAGCGAACGACGGACUUCAGACGCAGUGAGCUGAGCAGAGCAGAGCGAUCGCAGCAGCACAGAGAUGGAAUACUGUACACACUGACGGAGAAGAAGAAGCAGCAGCAGCAGGGAUGGAGAAGGAUGGAAUAAAAAAAGCAAACAUUUUAUGACUUCUCCUGGGUUUUUUUUGCACUUUCCCUGGAGCUUCCCACAAGCAGAGCACCAGUGAAAACACAUACAUGUGAUAUAUAUAUAAAACUCUAUAUACAUAUAUAUCAAAUUAUGACUGUUUUCAAAGAAGCCGCAGACGGACAAGGACUCAAUUGACAGCCAGGGUGAAUCUAUGGCACUAAAACUGGGGCGAAAAAAUCUGCAGCGUUUGUUUACAAACUGUUGCACACGAAUGCUCUGAGAAAAUUAUUUGUGCGACAGUGAAAACCCCAAAACCAUUGACGACAUUGAAAAUUUCAAUUUGAGAAAUCUGGCAAGUGAGUUAGUGAGGCGAUAGAGUCAGCCCUGACCAGAGCUGUGGCUGCAGCGGCGCCCGUGCCCACCAAAGGUGUGCUUCUUUUGAAAACAGGACAUUUAUGAUCUUCCUUCAGCGCCGUCGCUGUUUGGCCGUCGCAUCUCCACUUGUCACUGUCAGCCAAAUAUAGACUCGGACAGAAUUAUCCCCACUAGGCUUGUGCAAGUGAGGCUAAAAGGGCAGAGGCUAGUCCACAGGCGCUCUGACCCCAGACCGAUACUUCCUCAGGUCAUUAAAAGAAGAGAGGAGGUAAGUAGUCGAAGACAGACUCAAACCAACAAACCAACAAAAAAAAAAUCAGGGACAGAAGAUUAAGAUCAAACCAAGUACAAACAAAGAAAUCAACUGAGCCUAAAACAAGAUCAGAAGAUUUAAAGAAAGGCAUUUAAAAAAAAUCUUUAAUGUGGCGGCAUUGGCUCUAAUUCCAGCGUUUUUUUUCCGUUUUUUUUUCAGCUUCUGUCAGAUGCAGGAGCAGCACUAAGACAUAAAGAUUAGCGAUUCAGUAUCAGUAUCCCAGCGUCAGCCCUCCCUCUCCUCUCUCUCUCUCUCUCUCUCUCUCGCUCUCUCGCUCUCUCUCCUCCCCUCUUCCCUUCCUUUGGACUGAGCACUUGUAGGGCAGCACUGAGCGGGUGAUAGACAGCGAGUGCCCAGCUGGUGUCCUGGGUCUGUCCAAGACCCAGGGAUUCACGGGGGGACAGGAAGGGUCUCACUGCAGAGUGCAGGUCAGGACAGCCUAAACUGGACUUCUAUUUGUCAACUAAAACCAACACAGAGACACUGACAGAGGACUUCACCUCCUGUGUGUGUAAACCUGCACGUCUCUGAGGGGAAAACCCGUCUGUGGACUGUAAGCUCCUCAGGACCUCAGCUUGGACACACACAGACACCGGAGUAACCACGACAGAGCUCUCAAUUGUUGUUGUUUUUUUUUUCCUUUCGGGCAAAUAAGAAUCUUGUCAAAGUUACUUUUUCAACCACUUAACCAACCAAAGGCAGAACAUUAAUCAGUCAGAAAGACAGCUGUGACUGAACCUGGACGUUUGACAAAAAGGGAAUAAAACUCAUCAGAGUGGCAGUGAAAAGAUGAGCACAACAAACACAGAACGGCUCCACAGGUUCCUGUGAUCCACAGAGCAGGAGAACCACUCAGACUCUGGGAGGGAAUUCUCCAGAACACUCCUUCUCGUUGAGACUCAACUGGACCAUAAAAGUUCUCAGGAAUACAUGUCCGUCUGUGGAGUGAGAGGCUGUCUGGUCGGAGCUGUGAAUCUCCAGAUAAUUUCAUCCAAUCAGUGAGGAGGUACGGGAAGACAAAGGCAGAUGCAUUUGUAAGGAUUUACCUCCGAGCCUCUGGAUUUGGAUUCGUCUACAAACUCCUGUCUGCACGUGACAUGUGGCUCUGUGAAAGGUGACAUCACCAGAACCUCUGGACAUUUAUUACACACACAGACACACACCCACUGACAACAGUCUGUGUCUCCUCACAGGGGACUCGUUCCCUCCGAUUAGAAGCAUAUUAAGAUGGGGGAUUGAUUUCCUUUACCCACUUGUUCCUCUGCCCUUGGACGCCCAGUCACUGCUCUGUGAAUGUGUGCAGUAAUUUCCCCCACAGCACUAAUUUAAAGCUGCUUUUAUUUCUCCGCAGGCGGAGGCGCAGAAUAAACUCCUUCCAUUAGUGUUUAGAGCUUUCUAUUACCUUACGGACGGAUUGAUUCAGUUUGAAAUAUAUUUUUAUUUUAUAUCCUUUUUCCCCUCUUUUCUAGGAGCUAAUUCUGCUGCUCAACAAUUACACAUCAGCUCUGAAUCACUGACAGACCACAGAGUCCAGAAUGCACCUCUCCAAGCAUUCACUCUUGAUGAGCGUCUUCUUGGCCGUUCUCCUGGGUCCGAGCUCCAACCCUGGCCUGAGCCCCGGACCCUCAGGUCAGGCUCUGGCUCAGAUCAACACCAACACCAACAACCAGACAACGGCGCCCUCGACGGCGAUAGAAUCUGCCCUGGCCACGCCUACACCUAAAUCAGAGGAGCAGACAGUCCUGGGUGGCAGUAACCGGUGUUGGGGGUACUAUGACGUCAUGGGUCAGUGGGACCCGCCGUUCAACUGCAACGCUGGCAUCUACAUGUUCUGUUGUGGGUCCUGUUUUUACCGCUUCUGCUGCCAGUUCAAAAUCCACAGCCUGGACCAGACUUCCUGCUCCAACUACGACACACCUGUGUGGGCCAACACGGGCAAACCGGUGGCAGCUGUCACGGAGGCCCCGCAGGAACCAGACCAGGACCGGACCUACAUGGUUGUGUAUAUAAUCUGUGGAGUAGUGGCCAUCAUGGUGCUGGUGGGAAUUUUCACCAAACUUGGGCUGGAGAAGAGUCAAGGAGGGCAGGCGGACAUGACCAACUCCAGAACACUGACGGAACUCUUGAAGCAGCCAGCAGAGCCUGGAGCAGUCGAUGGGACUGGGGUUCAUCAUCCAAUCGGAACCAACGGCAUCUCCGCCAGAACACUGCGCUCCAACAACGAUCACAACCAUUUGAACAAUGCAGCCCUGUCUCCCCUGGGCCCUGCCAUGGCUCUGUCUCACCCUCAUAACAACCUAGGGAUCGGAUUCAACAAGUACACUUCGCUCAAGCCUGUGGACACUUCCACACGGGACUUCUGCAAAAGCUACCCAUUGAUGGAUUACACACACCGCCAGUCCCCGCCCUCUUUCCAUCCAAUCAACUUCCAUCCUAAGGACAAGCCUUUCCUCCCACCGCCAGACAUCCACGCACCGUUGGCCAUCACUGUCAACACACCCCAAAUCCCCAAGCCGAAAAUUUCCAAGACCAACACCCACCCGCUCACGUCCAGCUCGGCGUUCAAAGUGUGGGACCCCAGUAAGAGCCACGUCUUGCACCCAAUGGCCUCCCACAUGACCCUGCAGGCGCACCAGCAUCACCCUAUUCAGCCGCAGCAUCAAGGCACGCUGCAUCAGCAGAACACCCGACGCCCGCUCUACUCCAACAGAAGGCAGUUCAGCAUCGAGACGCUGCCGGAGCUCUUCUCACAGCCGCUGGGCUACGGCCACUCUCCACGCACGCUGCCCAAGCACAAGGGCCUGCCCACCAACAGCAAGACCGAAGUCACUGUCUGAACAUGGGCUGAGCAGACGGACAACUGAGGACGUGAGGAUGAGACCCGGUUGCAAAGGAAAAUGUUGAGAUAUCUUUUUAUAUCCUCAGCCGUCACGGCAAGACACAAGCUGGAAAUACCGUCAUAGGACGACAGGACGUUUUUAUGGUGCAUUUUCCUCAUUGUUGUUGAUCAUAUUCCUUAAAAUGUGGGUGAUGUCAGUGUCAAGACCACUGGAUUGAAACAACAACAGCAACAAGGGCAGCAGCAUCAGCAGCAUCAGCAGCAUCAGCAGUGAUGGUGGAGGACUGGCAGGUCCCGGCUGUGACUCUUUGAACCCAGCACCUCCUCUGAAUAAUUGAGUGGCCCCUUGGUGUGUUGGCACAGCCCGGUCCCCUUCUUCCUGUCAACUACCCCUGCAUCUCAGUGACAUCAGACAGAGGGUGAAAAAAAAAAUUGUUCAAAUCCUUUGCACAAGACACAUUUUCCUCUUCACAGACCAAACCAGAGUCAGAGGGUGUUAGCAAAGCUCCGACUCCCAAUCAGCGUAGACUGAGCCACCGGGGAAUAAAUGAGAAUCAGGUAAACCAACCAGCACACACACACUCGGGCACACAAACACACACACAGACACACACAAACAGACUCACUUGUCAACAAUUAUAGAGGCUUCCCGGCAGCCACAGAAACCACUGAGGCACAGACACACGGCCUCGUCUUGUUUUUGUCGUAGCGGUUUGAUGAGCAGCUAAUCCAAGCCACAGCACUCUUGUGGCAGAUGUUUACCUCUGAAUCACCCCAGCAUGUGUCAUGAUGCCUACAAACGGGGCAAAAGAGCUCAUGUAUCAAGAAAUAUCAGUGUGAAGCCAUUGCUCCCCCACUUCCCUGUCGCCAGGCUUCACAGUGAGCUUCGCAAACGAGACUUUUUGUGUCAGAGAAAUGUCAGCGCUGCUGCAUGUUGGUGCCAAAAGAUGAAAAUCCUCCACGUUGUCCCGUAUAUCCGUCAACAUCUACUUCACGGUUUUCUACAUGGUGAUAUCAGUUCAUCUCUGUCACAAACAGAAACAUAUUGAUUAAGACCACAGUGUGUACAUGUAGACCAGGCAGUGGUGCAUUGCAGUGACAUUGUUUCUACCAUGGCUGCUCCCGAACACAGCUGUGUGGCGUGAUGUGUUUACUGCUGCGAAGCAAACAUAAUCUGAGAGGCUGGAACCUUGUGUCACUGCACUGCAAUUUACUUCAGUCUGUGUUAAUGAAGUGCUUUAACACUUGCAGUGACUCCUGCACCUCCACAAAGAGAAUCAAUUUAAACAAAACUCUUUUUUUUUCUGAGAGAAUUUGCUUGUUUGUUUGUUUCUUUUUGUAACAUUUUAGUUUCAAAUCUUUGCCAUUUGUUUUAUUUGGCUUUGUCCUCUGCCUCCUGAAUUUCAAAUGGCCAGGAUAACGUCGUAGACCAGACAUAAGUCAACCAUAAA